AUGAACACCACCACGGAACUCCCGCCGUGCUGUCUCCGCGUGCACCCGCAGAAUCCCGAAAUCGCCGUCCUCGGAACGUACAAACUCGAGGAAAACGGCUCUCGCCACGGAUCCUUGGACGUCUACACCACGAAAAACGGCCAAUUCGAACGCCUUUCUUCAACAAAAACAGCCUCCGCCGUGCUAGACCUCAAGGUGUCGCCCACAGACGCGUCGCUCUGGGUCCUGGCGCAUUCCACAGGGAACAUCAGCGUGUGGAGGUUUGAAGACGAUAAGCUUGAGAUGAAGCAGAAUAUGGAGUUGUUUGAGGAGGAUGUGCUUGUGACGUCGGUGUUCUUCGACCCUAAGGAUGCAAAUCGGCUUUUGGCGACAUUGACGUCGGGUGAAGCAGCCAUUGUGGAUCUCCAAAACGGGACCUUUGAUCUUCUAGAAACUCCUCAUUCUUUGGAAUGCUGGACAGGCGCUUUUGGAGAGGAAGGUGCCGCUGCAAAUGUCGUUUUUACCGGCGGCGAUGAUGCAAAACUCAUAGCCCACGAUCUCCGCCAAAACGGGAAAAUAUGGGCCUCAACUCGGCACCAUGAUGCUGGAGUAGUGCUGAUAUUGUGUCCAGGCAAAGAAUGGAGAAACCCAAGGUCCGACUGUCUCUGGACAGGCUCUUACGAUGACCAUCUCCGGGUUUUUGAUUUGCGUAAAAUCGAUACCGAUGAAGGCCCUUCUUUGUUUCCCAGCUUGCUUCCUCAGGAACUACACAAAACGAACCUCGGGGGAGGAGUCUGGAGACUUAUACCCGGCCCGGAUCUUUCUGUUUUGGCUUGUUGCAUGUAUAAAGGGGCUUAUGUUUUGAAAACUGGGGAAAACGAGCCCCAGGUGGGUAAGUUUUUCAAGGGAAAGCAUGAGAGUAUGGUUUAUGGAGGUGACUGGUCAGGAAAGGACGCCUUGACCUGUCUGUUUUACGAUAAUGUUGUAGAGAAGUGGGCCUCCGAAUAG